ACUCCACAUAAGGAAAGUUGGUUUGAUUGUCGUUAUAACCUUGCAGAAAUGAGUGCUACCGAUAAAGUUUCUACAUGUAGGGUUUGCUACAAUUCUACCUCAGAAUAUCCAUCCACCUCUGACUCAUGCGAUCACGAACAUAGCAUCUGUAGUGCUUGUGUCGUGAAACACAUCCGGUCUGAAAUUUUCAAGGGAAACGUUGUUAAUAUUGUGUGCCCUAGUGCUAAUUGUGAAGUUGUCCUUGGUUAUUGCGACAUUAAAAGGUUGAUCCCGAGAGAUUUAUUUGAGCGUUAUGGGUUAUUUUUGCUACGUCAUGUGAUUCGGCAACUUGAAGAUUUCCGUUGGUGUAAGCGUCAAGGUUGUGGAUGGGGACAAGAACAUAGUUCAGGAGAUGAAGCACCAAUCAUGACUUGUCACGCUUGUAAAUUUAAAACCUGUUAUACAUGUGAUGUACCCUGGCAUGAAGGAAUCACUUGUGAAGAGUUCAAACAACGAAUGGAGGAUGAUCCUCAUGGUGCAGCUAAUAAUGCCUAUCAUGAUCGACAUACUAAACAAUGCCCUAAGUGUAAAUGGCCGAUAGAAAAGAAGA